CUAGAGUCACGCGUGCGGGUAAAGUGUUGUGAUGCCUUGGGGCUAAUGCAAGGUUGAUCUUGCGAAAAGAUAAAAGUGAACCGCUCAUAAAUAUCCCAACGUCAACGGUCAGAGUCGGUGGUCAGAUUCCGGAUAUAGUUCCAGCCCAACACCAAACGUCGAUGUCGAUCAUCUUCGGUUCGGAAAUGAAAGCAAUUUAUUUGCUGUCGCUUGGUUUGAUUUAUUUCUGCAAACCCGCUACCAGCCUCGAAGAACCAAACACUACGCUGGCACCGGUGGAAAAUUACAAAACCAAUCCGUACUGUUUCCGGUUUACGUGGAUGGGCCCGAAGUACAACAAGGACACACCGUACAAAAACCUGAGCUGCGACAACAUCCUGAAGAAGGCGAAAGGCAUCCCGUGUUUUCAUCCGCUGGUCAUAACGAACAACACUAACGUACCGGACACUAACUAUAUGUGGGAAGAGUACAGGGAUAAACCGUCCCAAAUUGCCUGCCGGCUAGUACGUGGUGAGGUGUGCGCACGGUACUCUUACCGCUACAAUGGUGCAAUUGAAAACAUUACCUACAUGUGCGCUAAACUUAACGUGGACAAUGAAUCGUCUACCUCGUCUAGCUGCUUCAAGGAGGACCGGCAAGGGCGGGAGAUUGAGGUGUGCGUGUGCGAAUCGGCCGCUGGACAUACGCCGUGCAACCGAUCGGCGAAUGUAAUAGCGGAUAGUGUUCCUGUUGCGCCAUUGAUGCUGGUAGUAGCCAUGAUUCAGCUGUUACUAAUAAAAUGCUUACAGUUGCGGUAGUGUAU